UCUCGGUAUGAGAAUCUCUCCCAUUUACAUAAAAUGACGAAAAUUAGAGAGUGAAAUAAACGUUAAUACUACUAAUAAUAGCGUAGUAAACUCAUUUUUAAACCACUAUCUAUCAUCCUCACCAGUUCUUUGCCUCGUCUCUCAUUCCACACACACUAAGGAAAAAUGGUGAAUCUAUUAUCUCGUCUCUUAUUUUUUUUGCUAUCAUUGCAUUGUUUUGUGGCUUGCUUAGCUACGAAUACAAAAAACAUCACAACAGAUCAAUCUGCUCUUCUAGCAUUUAAAUCCCUCAUUACUUCAGACCCCUAUGAUAUGUUGUCUAAUAAUUGGUCAACAUCCUCUUCUGUAUGUAAUUGGGCUGGUGUAACUUGUGAUGAGCGGCAUGGUAGAGUCCACAGUUUGAUUCUCCAAAACAUGAGUCUUAGAGGCACCGUUUCCCCAAACUUGGGGAAUCUGUCCUUUCUUGUUAUACUUGACCUAAAAAAUAAUAGCUUCGGUGGUCAGUUUCCUACAGAGGUAUGUCGGUUGCGCCGAUUAAAGGUUCUUCAUAUCAGCUACAACGAGUUUGAAGGGGGGAUUCCUGCAUCGUUGGGGGACUUAUCACAACUUCAGUAUUUGUAUCUUGGUGCUAACAAUUUUAGUGGUUUUCUUCCCCGGUCUAUUGGUAAUCUUCGUCGGUUGAAACACUUGCAUACCGCUCAAAGUAGGCUGUCUGGACCCAUACCUCAAACAAUUUCAAAUUUGUCUUCACUUGAAUAUAUUGAUUUAUCUUCCAACUACUUUUCAGGUACUCCUAGCUCUGAUAUUAUGUGUGAAAUUCCAAAAGGGAUAUUGGGUGAUCUUAGACGGCUGAACAGACUGUACCUUGACAAUAACCAGCUUUCAGGAAACAUAUCGUCAAUAUUCAAAUUCAACAACUCAUUAUUGCAAGAAUUUUAUCUUAGCUAUAAUAAUUUGUUUGGCAAUCUUCCGUCAUGUAUUUGUCACGAGCUUCCAAAUCUUAGAAUGUUCUAUCUUAGUCAUAAUGAUAUUUCUGGUAACAUGCCUACUGUUUGGAAUCAAUGUAAAGAGUUGGAGAGAUUAUCUCUAGCUUUCAAUAGUUUCAACAAAGGACCCAUGCCAGGUGGCAUCCGAAGCAUGACCAAACUUCAACGACUAUAUCUUAUGGGCAACAACUUGGAGGGUACGAUUCCCGAGGAGAUUGGCUAUCUUGAUAAACUUGAGGUGUUAUACUUGUAUAUAACAAUAGCUUAA